GAUGCGGGGUCUUAUCCCUUUCCAGUAGCGAAGAUCCCGACCAAGCUCCCGGCCCCAGCACCGAAUAUUCUGGCCAAGCCCGGCCGCGUCCUCGCCCACGGCGGACGGCGGCGACGAAGACCCCUUCCAAAUCCGCUUCCCGCACGCGAUUCUUGCAGGCCGUUGGGAACUUCAACCCCAACAUCCUCGGCUCCCCUCCCUCGAUGACGCCAAAGAACGCGUCUCAAGCAGCGCCCGGCGUCUCCCCCAUUAUCAGCUCUUCCCGAAACCUCUCCCAAGGUACUCUGUCUCUAAGGGAUGAACAGGGGAGAAACAGGACAGGGCUGGGGGUUGUCUGCACACAGAGAUAUUGAGAUAAUUGUCACAGGAGUCGUCCAAUAUCGUGCUUCUUAUUGGAAAAGAGUCCCUGAGUUCGUACAUGCCAACAAGAAAGAAGACUAACAGUGGGUUGUUAAGGUUGGAGAGGAUGAUGGAGUCUGGCAUGGCUGAAGAGGGUGAAGCGGCUGUUGGGGUUAAGUGCUGCGAGUAAUUUUACAGGAGUGAGCUUUCUCAGAAAUCUGCGACCGUUGAAACAUGGAAUACUCCCUCCGUUCCAAAUUACUUGUCGUCGUUUUAGUUCAAAUUUGGAACUAAAACGACGACAAGUAAUUUGGAACGGAGGGAGUACAUGCAAAGAUGGGGAAUAAUCAACAUGAUGCUCUGUCGAGAGAAGUAGAAAUUAAUUAAGCUUCAAGAGGCUGAGACGACUCUUGUAGUACUAAGAGGAAAAGUUAGUUCUGGAAACACCGAUAUCUCUGUACUAUCUAUCUAUGUUGAGCAAAGAAAUUCAUUUUCUUCCUUUCUCAGUCCUCUAUUUUUUAGCAGACCAAGAUGCACAAAAGUGCGGCCUAUAAUAAACUGAAAUAGAAGCAGGUAACUACACUCUAGAGGUAUACAUGAACAAGAGAAAAGAGGAGAACAAUGAUCAAUGGAGAAAUGCACUGCGCUGUUAACUGCUGCUACUAUAACACUGAAGUUUUAAUUGCAGGACACCCUUAAAGAAAGAAAGAAGACUUGUGCUAUCAGAAACCAAUCGAAAAGGAGAAGGCAUAAAUGCAGUGGAUGGACUUGACAUUAAGCUGCUUUGUUAGAUAUACCAGGACGAAGGUUAAAAUCAGAGGGCUUUAACAUCAUGCCAUAGUAUCUCAAGUCGCACUAGAUGAGAAUGUUUCAAGAUGCAAAUAACUUGUGUUAGCCAUUCUUGUUUUGUGUUUAAUUUUAUGCUUUAUUCUUCGACUCGCUAGGAUAUAGUACAAUUUUCAGUUGUGAGCCUAGCAUCUAGCAUCGAUUUUGACCUCUGAAAUUUUGUUUAGCAGGCAGCACCAGCUGCUUUUAGUGCAAAUCACCGAGAGCUAAGGGUAUAUUUGUCCUUGCAUCAUUGUAAUUUUGAUGUUUUGCCUUAUUAAUAAUUUAAUAUCGCGUGUUCCAUCUUGACCCUAUUAUGUUGUGCCUAUAUGUGUUUCUUAUGCGGUUACGAUGGUGACAAUGUGCCUAAUUUGCUGUAUGACAUGCAGCGUGAUCGGUGGGGGUUGAAAGUGUGGCGAUGCCAAUGUCAGAGACUGAACUUGUUAGGUCGGUAAGAAUUAUUUCAUAUUUCUCUAGCUUUGAGAUUGCGGCUUCACUUCUACUCCCUCCGUUCCUAAAUAUUUGUCCUUUUAGAGAUUUCAAAUGGACUAUCACAUACGGAUGUAUAUAGACAUAUUUUAGAGUGUAGAUUCACUCAUUUUGCUCCGUAUGUAGUCACUUGUUGAAAUCUCUAGAAAGACAAAUAUUUAGGAACGGAGAGAGUAGUAUCAUAUCAACUAUAAAUGCAUGUGUUGAUCAUAUAAUUAAUGCGUAAAGAUACCUCGCAAAAAAAUUAAUGCGUAAAGAUAUCUUACAUAAUAUUAAUGUGCAAUUAAUUUCCUCCCUAAUAUCACAUAUACGCAUUUAUUGCAAUUAAUAUUGUAUAUUUAUUAAUGUGCAUAUAUAAGAAGUGUGUGGCAAGGAAAAAAAUGUGGCUUCUCUGGUUCGACCGGAUCCAAGAUUUUGGACUCCUCGAUUAAAAAGAAAGGUUUUACACUCGGCUCGCAAGCACCUGCUCGGCAUCCACUCGCCGGCCGGCCGCCACCGUAUUUUCUUGGUCGGGCCGGCGCGGUGUCGUGCCGCGCCGUGCUGCCUCCCCAGGAUCGCACCGCCGGCCGUGACAGGAGAAAGCAACCGAAAACCAACAAGAGCGGGGGACAGGAAGAUAUCGGAGGCAGCUGCCCCAACCCUAGGCUCUCACAGUAAAAGUGUACCAAAUGGACCAUGGGAGUUCCCCAACGAAGAUAUGUAAGUCUGUUGUGGAUGAAGAUAUCAUCAGCAAUCUACCCGAAGCUCUCAGAGACAAAAUCCUUUGUUGUCUGCCAAUAAAAGAAGCUGUUGGAACAUGCCUCUUGUCAAGGACUUGGAGGUACACAUGGGCUUCAAUGACCGAACUGAUGUUCAGGACAGCUGAUUUCGCUUCAGGAAAUGAUAGUGCAGACGAUGACCGCAGAUUUCUUAAGUUCACUGAUAUGUUUCUCUUCCUCCACAACGGCCCAAUUCUGAAGUUUUGCCUGAAUACCGUAGCGAAUGAAAUGGUAUCCACUGGAGGACACCUUUACCGUUGGAUGCUUAUGCUGUCAAGAAAUAAGAUUAAGGAGAUUCAACUUCAGACAAGUAUACGUGACAGUUACAAGGUCCCGUCUAGUUUUUUCUCCUGCGAUGAACUAGAAUAUGUGUAUCUGCGAGCUUGUGUUUUCACUAGUUUACAUUUGCCACCUCCAUCUAAAGGCUUCAAACAAUUGCAUACUCUUCGUCUAGAAUAUGUUACUGUGGAAGGAAACAGUUUAGGGGAUUUAGUAGCGAGUUGCCCGAAUUUGGAGAAACUUAAUAUUCGUGGAUUGUGUAGCAAAUCCAAUAUAAAUAUUCGUUCAACAAAGCUCAAGGUGCUAAAAAUUGAAGGCUGGUUUACACACCUCAAUCUGCAUGCUCCUUAUCUUACUUCCGUAUGGAUCGGACUGGAACUGAAUUCUGACACAGAUGGUGCUUCGACAACCAGAUGCAACUUCAAUCUUUCUCCAUUUAUUGCUUCUCUUUCAGAUGUUGAGACUAUUAGGUUUCAUGGACACAUCCUUGAGUGCGUAGAACAUGAAUUUCUGAUUCUCAAGCAGCCAAAAUUAUUCAACCGGCUGACAGAGAUAAGCCUGGAGAUCAAUCUCGGUGAUCUCAAGGAAGCAAAUUUUGCCUUGUGCUUAUUUCAGCAUGCCCCCAACCUGCGAUUUGUCAAACUAAAGCUCAUUUCCAGGAAUUCCGUGGUACCAACAGUGCAUUUCUGGGAAUCAAUAGACCGUGAUGUCUGUCUCUUCCAGAACGUUGAAGUACUUGGUUUGUUCGACUUUACUGGCUCCUUUGCGGAGCUAGGCUUCUUGAAAUUUUUACUUGAAGGUGCACCAGUGUUAAGAAAAUUGGGAAUAAUCGACAAGGGAUUGGACAGAAAUGUCCUAAAAAAUCUCCUGAAGCUGAGAAGAACAUCAAAGGAUGCAGAACUAUUGAUUCUUUGAGGCUUGUUUCCCCCAUUAGAAAAAGGUCAACUUCACCACCCUAGUGUUUUAUCCCUACUCUGUUUCCAUGGAGAGGAUCAAGUCCAAUCUCUGAAGGAACAAGUCGAGACAAUUGGAAGGAACGGUGUCAAGCUUGUGUUGGGAACCUCUAACAACUCUACUGCUCUCGUUUGGUGCGAUCUUGCAAGGCACAAGAUCUGAAGUCAGGGUAUACAAGCAUAAGUUAUCCCCAUAAUUUGAUGUUGAAGUUAUCCCGUGUUCCUGUGGAAAACAAUGUUGCCUCAAGAGUUGCUUACUUGUUGUGUCAAAGUUCAGAAAGAAAAUGUUUGGCAGUUCAUAUUGAACUGCGAAAACGUGUUAUAUUUAGGACCAGAGGGUGUAUUUCACUAGCUCGCGGUCGUUCUGUUUUCAACUGUUUGCGCCAUUUGAGAAUGCAGAAAUUUGCACCUGA